ACAUCACAGGGAAGAGGAAUAAACGAAUUAAAAACAGCUGAGAAUUGACAGCAGAUUGUGUAGCUAUUUGCUAAACUGUCCAAGCAAAUGGACAGUGAACCGAAGGAGAGUGUUUCCGACUGCGGAAGGAACGAGCUCCCUCCGGAAGCCAACAGUCUCGCCGCUGCCAGCGUCUUCGCCCCAAAUCGUUGGGUUAAGCUGAAUGUGGGUGGUCAGAUCUACGCCACUACCAUCGAUACUCUGGUCGGCAGGGAACCGGACUCGAUGCUGGCACGAAUGUUUUUGCAAGAUGGCAGCAUGAUGCCCAGCGAGCGGGACGAGAAAGGAGCUUUCCUAAUUGACCGGAGCCCUCGUUAUUUUGAGCCGAUCAUCAACUACCUGCGGCAUGGCCAGUUCGUCUGUGAUUCUAACAUCAGUGUGCUAGGCGUCCUUGAGGAGGCAAGAUUCUUUGGAAUCUAUUCGCUCGUUACCCAUUUGGAGGAGCGCCUUGGACAGCAGGAGGCACCGAUGGGUGACAGGCCACUGACGCGCAACGACGUCAUAAAGGCCAUCAUUCAGACCUCAGUCAUAACGGAAUUGCGCUUUCAGGGCGUAAAUCUUUCUGGUGCUGACCUUCGAAAGCUAGACUUUCGCAACAUUAAUUUCAAGUACGCCAACAUGUCGCACUGCAAUUUGUCACACACCAAUUUGUCCCACACUUGCUUGGAGCGGGCUGAUCUUCAGUACGCCAACUUGGAAUGUGCACAACUUGUUUCCGUGCGAGGACUUUGCGCCAACAUGGAAGGCGCUAAUUUACGUGGCUGUAACUUUGAGGAUCCAACAGGAGUCCGGACCAAUCUGGAAGGUGUUAACCUUAAAGGAGCUUGCCUGGAAAGCAGCAACAUGGCAGGUGUUAAUUUACGUGUGGCUAAUUUGAAAAACGCAAAUAUGAAGAAUUGCAAUUUACGAGCUGCAGUCUUAGCAGGUGCAGAUUUGGAAAAGUGCAAUCUUUCAGGAAGCGACUUGCAAGAGGCAAAUUUGCGUGGAGCGAAUUUAAAGGAUGCGGAGCUUGCCUUAAUGGUGACGCCAUUGCACAUGUCGCAGGCCAUACGUUGAUUUAUACGGUGGAAAUAAUUUAUUGUGCAAUUACAUAUCACGUUUUGGCUUCAAAUGAUUAUAACUAACUAGUUUAAGAUUAAUAAUUGUAAAUACUUUUAAAAAUAAACAGUAUUAAGAUUGCAUUUCUGAAA